AUGCCGGAGGCAGACGCCAUGCCACAGGAGGAGACUGCAGAGAGUGCAGAGAAGCAGGACCAGCAUGCAACAUCUGUGGUGACCUUCCAUUACAGUGGCCAUGCUGAAGACAAGCAAGGGCAAAUUUGGUUAAUACCUUGCAGUGAAAACCAUGACUGUUCAAAGGAAUGUGCAAAGCCACCGUGCAGUGAACACCAUGACUGCUUGAAGUGUGAGAAUUGUGCACGGAUUCCUUGCAGCAAAGACUGCUCGAAGGAUUGUGCAAAAGUGAGCCUGCUGGUGAUUUUGGAGCAAUUGUGCGAACGUGCGCACAAGGAGGCCAAACUGAUCGUCCUCUUUGAUGGCUGCCGUACAGAUGGACAGCCGGUUUCUGAUCCAAUCGUUCAAAGGGGCACACUGGCCAACAGAAAGUAUUUGUUGCUUUUUGCCUGCGGCCGCAGCAGGCAAGCUCAGGAGUAUUUGAAUCCGGACGGUUCUCACAGCGGUCUUUUCACACUCGCCUUCCUCAUGUCCGUGCAGGCGUGUGACGAAUUGCAAUCCUUAUGGAGCACGACACAAACAACACUUAAGAGGUUGGGCCGUCGGGGCGUGAUGCAGGACCUUCAAUUCAUGGGCAAUUUGCCGUGUUUUGCUUCCGAACCCAAUGUCUUCCAAAACUACCGUUUUGCAGGGCUGACACAGGAGUUGAAGGAGAUGCAGGCCACUGUUCUUCGGGUAUCUCAAGACCGUGACCAUUUUAAGACUAAAUACGAAGUGGAAAAGGAGAAGCUGAGAAGAUUCGAAGAACAAAUUGUAAGAUUGACAACGGAGAAAGAAGAACUUCAAAGUCAGUGUCAAGAUUUAGAUUUCAAGCUGCGUUCUUUGGAAGUGGGUCAAUCGAGUCAAUCCGCGGCUCAUCUGAAAUUGGUUGAGCUUUUGAAGAUAUAUAAAGGAAAGCUCAGCGAGGUUAAUCAAAAGCUCGAAAAUACCAAUGCCGAAAUGAAGAAAAAGGCCAGUGAGUGCAAGUACAUUAAGGAGCAGCUAGAGGAGAAAGAGAUUGAGUUUCAGAAGGUGUCCAAGAAAUGCGCAGAGCUGCAGAAGCAAGUUGACAAUUAUCAACACGACAACCUGUCGCAAAGUACUGACUUGCAGUGCUUUCAAAUGGAUAGAGAUCUACAAAAGGAACACAUUUCGCAGCUGAAAAGCCAGCUACAAGAAUAUCGAACGGAAAAGUUGCAGCAUCAGAGUGAGAUUUCAGAGCUCAAAAGGGAAUACACUGCGAAAAGCGUGGCAAUGCGGGAGAUUCAGAAGCAGAAUAGCGUCCUGCAGUUUCAACUGCGCGAGAUUCAGAAGCAGAAGAACCACCCGGAGUUUCAGAACAUUACUAGAGGUGCCAAUGUCCUGGCAAUGUUACUGACCGGUACCAUGUUGGUCAUAAUCGUGGUUUGCUCACAGGAGGUGCGCCAGAAGAUGCUCGACUACAUCAUGGAGAUUCAGGUCCAAAGACAGAAGCAGCUGGCACCUGAAAAUGCAGACUUGGCAAUUGAAGGAGUCAUCGAUAGCAGUGAUGAUGAGGAGAUCCCUGGGCGAGAAGCGGAGGAUCCCCAUGCAGUGGCCUUGAGGCGGCAGCGCCGACUCAGGCAGCAGCUGGAGAAGAAGUGGUCCUUCCCAAGCAUCCCAGGAAGGCGUGCAUCUCCGGGAGCCAUCGAUGUGGAAUGCAUGCGGGCCAUCAUACAGAUUUACAAGUUGGAUGACUGCAUCACGGAAGAGGUGGAGCACUUGCGGGACUCCAUGUGCGAAAGUAUUCGAGUGAGCGCUUUUCAACAUGGUUUGGACUUUGAGAGCCCGGCCUUUCCUUUGAUCUUGCGGGAUGUCUCCUGUGCGAGGUGUUGCGUGGCCAGCCACGUGGAUGUGACCUCCCAUCCCACCAGGGGGCCAGGCUUGUGGGUCUGCACCAAGUGUGACAACUGCUAUGACAAGGACGCCAUGCAGGCGCGCCUGGUAGACCUCUUGCACCGCAUCAUUCAGGCAUGGCAAGCCCAGGAGGUGGUGUGCAAGAAGCGUCUCGGACAGCGGCAAAGGGUCGAUGGAUCUUUGCAGCAGUUUCAUUGGUGA